AUGGCCUCAUGGACUCAUUCCACAAAAAAAUUAAACAACAUAACUGAAUUCAUUUUCCGGGGUCUUUCUCAGAACCCAGAGAUUGAGCGAGUUUGUUUUGUGGUAUUUUUAUUUUUCUAUAUAGUCAUCCUCCUGGGGAACUUCCUUAUCAUGGUGACAGUUUGCCAAGGAAACCUGUUUAAGACUCCUAUGUAUUUCUUUCUCAACUUCUUGUCUUUUGUAGACAUUUGUUACUCUUCAGUCACAGCACCCAAAAUGAUAAUUGACUUCUUAGCAAACAGCAAAACUAUCUCUUAUGUUGGAUGCAUGUUGCAGCUCUUUUGGGAACAUUUCAUUGGAUGCACUGAGAUCUUCAUCCUCACUGUUAUGGCCUAUGAUCAAUAUGUGGCCAUCUGCAAACCCCUACACUAUAUGACCAUCAUGGACCGGGAGAGAUGUAGUAAAAUGCUGCUGGGGACAUGGGUGGGUGGAUUUUUGCACUCCAUUAUCCAAGUGGCUCUCGUAGUUCAACUGCCCUUCUGUGGAUCCAAUGAGAUUGAUCACUACUUUUGUGAUAUUCACCCUAUACUGAAGCUGGCCUGCUCAGAUACCUAUGCUGUUGGUGUUGUUGUGACAGCCAACAGUGGUACCAUCACCUUGGUGAGUUUUGUUAUCUUGCUCAUAUCCUACACCAUCAUCCUGGUGUCUCUGCGGAAGCAGUCAGCAGAAGGCAGACGAAAAGCGCUCUCCACCUGUGGUUCCCACAUUGCGGUGGUCAUCAUUUUUUUUGGUCCCUGUACUUUUAUGUACAUGAGGCCUGACACUACUUUUGCUGAGGAUAAGAUGGUGGUCAUAUUUUACACCAUCGUCACUCCCAUGUUAAACCCUCUGAUUUAUACCUUGAGGAAUGCAGAAAUGAAGAAUGCAAUGAAGAAAAUGUGGAGCAGGAAAAUUUUCUGGGAUGCCAAUAACAAAUAG